CUUUUCUCCUACCUGACUCUCUCUCCCUCUCUCUCCGUUUUGUUGUUUAAAUUUCUCACUAAACGUAACCGUUUCAUAUAGCAUUACAAUGUCUCGCCGUGGUGGCGGUGGUCGGAGACCAGAAUCGAACCGCGAUCAACAAUCUGCUUCUCCAUCGCCGUCGUUUAAUCGCGGUGGUGGUGGUGGACGUGGCGGUGGGGGUAGAGGCCGAGUUGGACCGUACGCUCAACAUGCUGCUCCUCCUCCGCCGGCUGCAUCAGACUUUCCGUCUCUCUCUCGCACUCCGAUGACUACUACUUCAUCAACUGCUGCGGCUGCUCGUCCUGUUGUACCCUCACCAUUAUUAUCAAGAGCGCCACCCGCUGCGGCUGCUCCAACACCUUCACCGGCGUCAUCAAGUGCGCCGCCCGCUGCUGGUGCGGCGUCGGCUUCGAGCUCUCCUUCUGUGGAGAAGCUGAGACAGGAGGUGGAGCAGAAGCUUACCACUAGAGAUCCGGCGGCUCCUCCGGCGUCUUCAAAGGCGGUUCGGUUUCCUAGCAGACCGGGUUACGGGAAGGCGGGGAUGAAAUGCGUGGUUAGGGCUAACCAUUUUUUGGUUGACGUGGCUGACAGAGAUCUUCAUCAAUACGAUGUGAGCAUAAAUCCGGAAAUUACAUCAAAGAAGGUUAACAGGGAUGUUAUAUCUCAGCUUAUUCGUUUGUUUCGUGAGUCACACCUGGGCAACCGAAGGGCAGCUUAUGAUGGCAGAAAAAGUAUUUACACUGCAGGGCCUUUACCUUUUGAAUCUAAAGAAUUUGUUGUUAAGCUUCCUGAUUCUGAUGGGAAUGCUGCUGGGUCUUCUUCUGCUUCAUCCAAGAAGAGGGAACGUGAAUUCAAGGUAGUAAUUAAGUUUGCAUCUAAGGCCGAUCUUCAUCAUCUCAAGCAAUUCUUAAUUGGUAGACAAAUGGAUGCUCCCCAAGAAACUAUUCAAGCUCUCGACAUUGUUCUUAGGGCAACACCUUCAGAGAAGUACACUAUUGUUGGGAGGUCAUUUUUCUCACCUGAGUUGGGGAGAACAGGAGUGCUCGGUGAUGGUGUAGAGUACUGGAGAGGAUACUAUCAAAGCCUUCGGCCAACGCAGAUGGGGCUUUCUCUUAAUAUAGAUGUGUCAGCCAGAGCAUUCUAUGAGCCUGUUUUAGUGACAGACUUUGCCGCUCAAUACUUGAGGUUGAGAGACAUGUCACGGACUAUCUCUGAUCAAGAUCGGCUUAAGCUAAAAAAAGCUUUGAGAACUGUGAAAGUGAAACUAAGUCAUGGGGCGUAUACUAAAAGCUACAAGAUUACUGGCUUAUCCACUAAGCCACUGAAUCAAAUCUUUUUCACCUUGGAUGAGAAGAGUGUAGACAUAUCAGUUGUUCAGUAUUUUCGUGAAAAAUACAGUAUUGCGCUUAAGUAUACGUCCUUGCCUGCCCUUCAAGCUGGAAGUGAUUUAAAACCCAUUUACUUGCCCAUGGAGCUUUGUACGAUUGCGGGUGGUCAAAGGUACAUUAAGAAACUUAAUGAAAGGCAGGUAACAGCGCUGCUCAGAGCAACCUGUCAACGCCCUCACGAUCGAGAAGAAAGCAUUAAACAGAUGGUUAAGCAUAAUGGUUACAACAAAGAUGAACUUGUAAGGGAUGAAUUCGGAAUUUCAGUGAAGGAAGAACUAACAUAUGUCGAUGCCCGAGUUUUGCCUCCUCCCAUGCUUAAAUAUCAUGAGACCGGAGGGGAGAAAAGUGUUGAUCCUCGCUGUGGACAAUGGAAUAUGAUUAAUAAGAAAUUGAUUAAUGGUGGGAGAGUAGAUUUCUGGGCAUGUGUCAACUUCUCUUCACACAUCAAUAGAGAUGUGCCUGCUGACUUCUGUAGGCAACUGAUUCAGAUGUGUGUCAGCAAGGGAAUGGUGUUCAACCCAAAUCCUAUAAUUCCAAUAAUUUCAGCUCAUCCUGGGCAAAUUGAGAGGGUUCUUGUCGAUGUUCACAAGCAGUGCAUGGAGAAGAAGGCAAAGCUGCAGCUGUUGAUUAUUAUUCUACCUGAUGUCAGCGGCUCUUAUGGGAAAAUCAAGAGAAUUUGUGAAACAGAAUUGGGAAUUAUGUCUCAGUGUUGUCAACCCAAGCAAGCAACAAAAAUGAGCAAACAGUAUUUUGAGAAUCUAUCUCUGAAAAUUAAUGUCAAGGUUGGGGGACGAAACACUGUGUUAAAUGAUGCUUUCAUGAGGAGGAUGCCUCUUGUGUCUGAUCGUCCUACGAUCAUCUUUGGUGCCGAUGUAACCCAUCCAUCUCCAGGAGAGGAUUCUAGUCCGUCAAUAGCAGCAGUAGUGGCUUCUAUGGACUGGCCUGAGGUAACAAAAUAUAGAGGACUUGUCUCUGCCCAGGCUCACCGUGAGGAAAUGAUCCGUGAUCUAUAUAAAUCAAAUGUGGAUCCACAGAAGGGAAUAACUCAUUCUGGAAUGGUUAGGGAGCUGUUGAUUGCAUUUAGAAGAGAAACUGGGCAUAAACCUCACAGGAUUAUAUUCUACAGAGAUGGUGUUAGUGAGGGCCAGUUCAGUCAAGUAUUGCUGGAGGAGAUGGAUGCCAUUCGACAGGCCUGUGCUUCGCUGGAAGCUGGGUAUCUUCCACCUGUAACCUUCAUUGUGGUGCAGAAAAGGCACCAUACUCGACUUUUUCCAGUUGAACGUGGUCAGACAGACAAAAGUGGCAAUAUCCUACCAGGUACUGUUAUUGACACUAAAAUUUGCCACCAGAGGGAGUUUGACUUCUACCUGAACAGUCAUGCCGGAAUACAGGGAACCAGCAGACCGACACAUUACCAUGUGCUGUAUGAUGAAAAUCAGUUCACUGCAGAUAACCUACAGAUGCUGACUAACAAUCUGUGUUACACGUAUGCGAGGUGCACUCGUUCUGUGUCAAUAGUUCCUCCGGCGUAUUAUGCCCAUUUAGCAGCUUUCCGUGCUCGAUAUUACAUUGAGGGUGAAAUAUCAGAUGGUGGCUCCACUGGUGGGUUGAACACAACAGGAAGAGUUAGAGAAGUUCAGGCUCUCCCGGCCAUCAAAGACAAUGUUAAAGAAUUUAUGUUUUACUGCUGAGGUUUUGGGCCAUGUUGGGUAGACUUUUUUUGCACAUAACAAGUGUUGGUAGUUAUCUACUCUAUACCUAGUCUUUUUGUUUGGUCCCAAACACUAAUUUUUGAGCCUCUACUUAUUAUUAUUUUGCAGCAGAGCAGAGGUUGUUAUGGAGGUUGGUUAGAAUUUACACUUUAGAACUUAAACAAAAUAGGGCUUGUUUGGGAAUUUUGCUUAAACUCAUUGUAAAUUCCUUGCUUAAUGGUCAGCCAUUCUAAUGUCUCA